ACCCAACUCCACGAGGGAAUACAUACUGAUUGCAGAAUUACCAUGUUUUGGCGAUGGAAGCAAAGCUAGAGCUUUGCCAUUUUCCCUCUUUCCAAUUUCUUCAUUAUCCACAAAAACUUCAAGUUAAAUACCUAAGAAUAUCAAUUCCUUUUCAGUCAAUACUCCUCUGAACAACUCGAAACGCAAUGCCAGGACUGAAUAUCCGGUUUAAGGAUGAAGAUUCGACAUCAUACCAACAAACCCAUGUUCCAUUUUUACCAGAGAACUCAAAUAAUUCAAUUUUAUGUUCCGGUGGAUUAUUCCUUGUCGAUAAUAAGAUCCCUUCAUCAAUUAUUAAUGCUAUUUUCGGUGACAAUUAUGUUCCCAUUAAACAUUCGACUGAAUUGCAUUCUCGUAGGAGGCCGGUUGUUGGGUUUGAAUUCUUGUGUUUGAGCUUAUCGAUUAAAGGGAAAGAUAUAGUUAUUAGGAAUUCGAGUGAGAGUUUGGAGCAGAAGAGUAUUAAGGAGGCUCGGGCGGCUGUUGGCGAAGGAAGUACGGCAGUGAAGGCUGGAAAAGUAUCGAAGGUUAGCUUGCGCGGCCGCGGGGCGGUGAACACUACCAAACAUUUGUGGGCUGGAGCUGUGGCUGCCAUGGUUUCAAGAACUUGCGUCGCUCCACUUGAGAGAUUAAAGCUGGAAUAUAUAGUCCGUGGUGAAAAGAGGAAUAUAUUUGAGCUCAUCAAGAAAAUAGCAGUAACACAAGGCCUGAAAGGUUUUUGGAAGGGAAAUUUUGUUAACAUUCUGCGCACAGCACCUUUUAAAGCAAUCAAUUUUUAUUCUUACGAUACAUAUAGAAAGCAGCUUCUCAAAUUAUCUGGGAAUGAAGAAACCACGAAUUUUGAGAGGUUUAUUGCUGGUGCUGCAGCUGGCAUGACAGCUUCAGUACUCUGCUUGCCACUAGACACUGUUCGGACGAGGUUGGUGGCGCCUGGUGGAGAAGCACUUGGUGGUGUAAUUGGAGCUUUUCGUCAUGUGAUUCAAACUGAAGGGUUCUUUUCUCUUUACAAGGGUUUACUCCCGUCUAUCUUGAGUAUGGCACCCUCAGGAGCUGUUUUCUAUGGGGUAUAUGACAUUUUGAAAUCGGCUUAUUUGCAUUCACCUGAAGGAAGAAAAAGAAUUCAGAACAUGAGACAACACGAUCAAGAAUUGAAUGCUUUAGAACAACUCGAGUUGGGACCAAUGAGGACUUUCCUGUAUGGAGCUAUUUCCGGUGCUUGUGCUGAAGCUGCUACCUAUCCAUUUGAGGUUGUGAGGAGGCAGCUCCAACUGCAAGGCCGAGCUACUAAAAUGAGUGCAUUGGCAACAGCCGUCAGAAUCGUUGAACGAGGAGGUCUGCCUGCUCUUUAUGCAGGUCUUUUUCCCAGUUUACUACAGGUGUUGCCUUCAGCGUCAAUAAGCUACUUUGUUUACGAGUUCAUGAAGAUUGUUCUUAAGGUGGCGUGAAUCACGGGAAGUUCAAGUUUAUAGUUAAGUAGAGGAAAUUCUCAAGAAACAGCAGAGCAAUUGGAUUCAUUCACAUGUAGCAGUUAAUAUACUCUACAGUCUCAGCAUCCUUAACUAUUCUCACCUGCAUUUGUUAUACAACUUUUCUGAAACUUGGAUCAUUUUCUACCAUAAAAUGGAAUCUUGAUUUUGCAUUUUUUUUUUCAUUGCGAAAUAAAUCCUGUACCAAUGGAUUAUAUGUUCGAGUAAAUGCAGUAGACACCAUAUUUUA